AUGAAUCCAGCCAAUUCUUCACAGGUGACAGGUUUUGUCUUCCUAGGGCUCUCUCAGAUAUGGGAACUUCGGCUCCUCUUCUUUGUUCUCUUCUCUGUCAUCUACCUUAUGACUGUAACGGGAAAUCUCCUCAUCGUGGCUAUCGUCACCUCAGACCCCCGCUUACACACCACCAUGUACUUCCUUUUGGGCAAUCUGUCCUUCCUAGACUUCUGCUACUCCUCAAUCACAGCACCUCGAAUGCUGGUGGACUUGCUUUCAGGCAACCCUGUCAUCUCCUUCGGGGGCUGCCUCACCCAGCUCUUUUUCUUCCACUUCAUUGGGGGCAUCAAGAUCUUUCUGUUGACCGUCAUGGCCUAUGACCGCUAUGUGGCCAUUUCCCAGCCCCUGCGCUACAUGCUGAUAAUGAAUCGAACGGUAUGUGGGUCCCUCAUGGCAGCUUCCUGGGUCGGGGGGUUCAUCCACUCCAUCGUGCAGAUAGGGCUGACCGUCCACUUGCCCUUCUGCGGGCCUGACAAGCUGGACAACUUUUACUGCGACGUGCCACAACUCAUCAAGCUGGCCUGCACCGACACCUUUGCCCUGGAGCUGUUGAUGGUUUCCAACAACGGUCUGGUGACACUCAUGUGUUUCCUGGUGCUGCUGGGCUCUUACACGGCCCUGUUACUCAUGCUCCGCAGUCACUCGUGGGAGGCCCGCAGCAAGGCCCUUUCCACCUGUGCCUCCCACCUGGCUGUGGUCACCAUCAUCUUUGUGCCCUGCAUCUACAUCUAUGCCCGGCCCUUCCGGACUUUCCCCAUGGACAAGGCCGUUUCAGUGCUCUACACAAUGGUCACGCCCAUGCUGAACCCGGCCAUCUACACCCUAAGAAACAAGGAUGUGAUAAUGGCCAUGAAGAGGCUAUGGAGAAGGCAGAAGGAUGCUCUUGGGACCCUGGAGCACUAA